CCCCUCGCUGGCUAUGCUCACUUCGAAGAAACCCUCCCCUCCAAUCGCUCUCCCUCCUCUUUCUCGCUCCGUUCCUCCUCCCAUACUCUCCGCGCAGAGAUUCUCUCUGCGCCGCUGAACGGAACCGUAGGCACGUGGACGGGCCAAGUCGGCGCCAGCGGGCAAGUCUGCCUCGCCGUCUACGACUUCCCUCUUCAAAUGAUGCGACUCUCAUUCCGCCAUUUCCAUUCGCCCGUGCGAACUCUGACUGAAUCCGUCAGGUCGAACGGAGACUACAACAUUUUCUACAGCGUUCUCGCCUCCAGCCCCACCGCGGGCGAGCCGACCUUCGCCGGCAUUGCGAAGGACGUGGGGCAGGAGAGAAUCGUCGCCGUCUUCUUUUCCCCGCCAGGGACCGAUGGCCCGUGGGUGGAUUUGACUACUACUUCGUCGCUUCCCCAGAGCAGGAAGAGCCUGGGCGACGCAUCCGCUUCCCCAACAACGUACACCUAUGCCCUUAACGGAACGUGGCUUCAAGCGAGUACCCUGACCACGUUCCAAGGGGACACUUACAAGCAGCUGGUGGAUUCGAUUGUAGCGGGGCCAGAGGGGUACUGCACGGGGUUCGGGACGACUGCUGUCACGGGGGGAGCAGCCAUGGGGCAGUUCCAGAUUCAGCCCGUUGCCGUGAAAGCCUAA